AUGCCCAGCUCUGCUGAAGCCAGGAUGGGUGUGAGGGUGGCGCUGACAGGCUUUGUGGUCCUGACGUUGCUCCAGUGCUGCUCUGCGUACAAGCUGGUCUGCUACUACACCAGCUGGUCCCAGUACCGGGAAGGCGAUGGAAGCUGCUUCCCAGAUGCCAUUGACCACUCCCUAUGCACCCACAUCAUCUACAGCUUUGCCAACAUCAGCAACAAUGAGAUUGACACAUGGGAGUGGAAUGACGUGACACUCUAUGGCACGCUGAACGCACUUAAAACCAGAAACCCCAACCUGAAGACCCUCCUGUCUGUUGGAGGAUGGAACUUUGGCUCUCAAAGAUUUUCCAGGAUUGCCUCCAACUCUCAGAGACGCAGGACCUUCGUCAAGUCGGUUGCCCCAUUCCUGCGGGCCCAUGGUUUUGAUGGGCUGGAUCUUGCCUGGCUCUACCCUGGUCCAAAAGACAAGCAGCAUCUCACCACCCUCAUCAAGGAACUGAAGGCCGAAUUCACAAAAGAAGUCCAACCAGGGACAGAGAAACUCCUGCUCAGCGCAGCUAUGUCAGCAGGGAAGGUGGCCCUUGACAGUGGCUAUGACAUCGCCCAGAUAUCCCAACACCUGGAUUUUAUGAGUCUCAUGACCUAUGAUUUCCAUGGAGCCUGGCGCCAAACCACAGGACAUCACAGCCCCCUCUUCCGAGGCCAAAGGGACACUAGUUCGGACAGAUUCAGCAAUGUGGACUAUGCCGUGGGGUACAUGCUGAGGCUGGGAGCCCCAGCCAGCAAGCUAGUGAUGGGAAUCCCCACCUUUGGGAAGAGCUUCACUCUGGCAUCUUCUGAGAUGGGGGUAGGAGCUCCAAUCUCAGGACCAGGAUUACCAGGCCGGUUCACCAAGGAGGAAGGGGUCCUCGCCUACUAUGAGAUCUGUGCUUUCCUCAAAGGAGCUGACGUGCACAGAAUCCUUGGCCAGCAGGUUCCCUAUGCUACCAAGGGCAACCAGUGGGUGGGGUAUGACGACCAGGAGAGUGUGAAAAACAAGGUGCAGUACCUGAAGAGCAAGCAGCUGGCAGGAGCCAUGGUGUGGGCACUGGAUUUGGAUGACUUCCGGGGCUCCUUCUGUGGGCAGAACCUACGCUUCCCACUCACCAACGCCAUCAAGGAGGCACUUGCUAAGGCUUAG